UGCCUUUCCCUUGUCAGGAAUAGACUAAAUGAGUUUACUGAACAAAUUUUUCCUUGUUUCAGUAUUCCUGGGGGGUUUUAUUCUCAGCUUUAGCAAAUGUUGAUGCCAAAAAAGGACCGCAUUGCUAUCUAUGAGCUUCUCUUCAAAGAAGGAGUAAUGGUGGCUAAAAAGGAUGUCCAUAUGCCCAAACAUCCAGAGCUGGUUGACAAGAAUGUACCCAAUCUGCAUGUAAUGAAGGCGAUGCAGUCCCUGAAAUCACGUGGAUAUGUUAAGGAGCAGUUUGCCUGGCGGCACUUUUACUGGUAUCUAACCAAUGAAGGUAUCCAGUACCUGCGGGACUUCCUGCAUCUUCCCCCAGAGAUUGUUCCUGCUACACUUCGCAGGAGUCGUCCAGAAACUGGCAGACCUCGGCCCAAGGGUCUUGAAGGAGAGAGGCCAGCCAGACUAUCUCGUGGUGAGACAGACAGAGACACAUACAGGCGCAGUGCUGUUCCACCUGGUGCAGACAAAAAAGCUGAGGCUGGAGCUGGAGCAGCAACAGAAUUCCAAUUUAGAGGAGGGUUUGGACGUGGUCGCGGGCAGCCACCCCAGUGAUCUGCAUUACCUUUUCAUGCUUGUGAUAAAAAAUUGACACCAUCA